AUGAGCAGUGUCACAUUGGAAAUCUGCCGCGUCUCUGAGGACGGAAAGUACUUGGCGUACACAUUUUCCGUAGCGGGUGGAGAUGGCUACAUUUGCCACAUGCGCAGCAUGGACAACGCAGGCCUUUUUCAUGUGAUUUGUGGCCGAACUAUUGUGAGCAUUGAGUUUGGCUCAGGGAAUCAAUUUUAUUUUACCGAGUCGAACGACCUCAGUCGGCCACAGACAGUGAUCAUGCAGGAGAUACGUCCGGGCAUUUUCCCCCCACCAGUGGAACUCUACUGUGAGGAUGAGGAGCAGUUCUUUGUGGAUGUUCACAAGACGAAGGAUAAUGCGUACAUCAUUAUUACCUUCGACUCCAAGAUGAAGAGCAGCGCACUUGUGCUUCCCGCCUCAUUCCCGAAGAUUCCACGUGAGCUGCAGGCCUUCUUCCGCAACGGUCGACCUGUGGGAGAUUGCUGGGAGGGAGAACUGGAGCUGGCUGGAGCACUACGACGGUCACUUUAUCAUGGUGGUGGCCGACCGUGGUUCGAAUCACCACAUUGUUUACGCGCGCGAAGAAGUUGUUUUUAA